AUGUCCAACAAGAAGACUGUGUUGCAGGCGAGGAUCCGUGGACGCAGCUACCCGUGGUUGCUUGGCACCGGCAGGAGAGCUGCAGGCACAGAGGCUCGAUUCUUCAACUGCGACAUGGGGCCAACCCUGCUGCUGUUGAUAUCAGUUGGCUAUCAUUCUUCGGCGGGAUGGUCAGGCACAUGUCGGAGGCUCAAUCACUCCGCCUUUGAAUAUGCGCCAAAAAUAACCAACACAAUAUCUAAACUUCCAGUCGACUGCAUGUCAUUCUCUUCUUCGGCGCUUAACAAGAUCUCGCUCAAGGAAAGGGAAACCCCGUUGAACCCUGAUUCGAGAGUGGGAGCUCAGCGGUUAAGCAGCGCACAGGGAUUGGACGGGCUUGUUUCUUUAGCUGCAUGCCGCUAA